AUGAAAAUCAAGCAAGAGCAUCCUGAGCCUGUCUACUACGUUGAUCAGCCACACUACGACGAGCAACAGUUGUACAGCGAUCAAAUGUUCGCACCGGCCUUCGGCCCUUCGAUGGGCGGUGAUCCAGACUUCAGCCUCGAGGGCCGGCUCAUCGAUCCCUCCAAGCUGGGCGAGAGUGGUCUGAGCUACGAAGACAACCCGAAUGGCUACUUUCCGGCCUUCGCCAAUGAGCCGGCUUCCGCUUCCGCUCAACAUUGGUCUGUCGACAACAUUGACAGCUUCUUGCUCACGAACUCUGCUACCGGCCUCGAGAGGGCCCAAGCCUUUGUUCAAGCCCAGGCUCGCGAGGAGGCUCGCAUCCGCGAGGAGAUGGGCGAUAUGACAGACGACAACAUGGUCCACAACACCGCCUACCUCAACUCCUACAAUGUGAAGAUCGAAGACGAGACCGAUACGGACGGCUACUGGGACAGCAAACUCGCCGUCGAUGAUGUUAAUGGCUUGCCCAACGGCUUGCCCAACGACUUCUCCUAUGGCUUGGCGGAUUCAAUCGAGCAGCCGCCACAGACCCCACCAGAUUCGCCAACAUACAUUGGCAAGAUCGACAACGAUCCCGACGACUACCCGGCAGGACCUCGCUUCUUCAUGAGCGACUACACUUCUGAGGCCGAAGAUGCCGACAACGAGGCAUCUGAAGACGACCACGCCGACGCUUAUGCUGAUGCCGAUGCCGAGAACGAUGGUGAUGACAGUUUCAGCGUCAGCACCGAAGAGGACUUCGAAACCCGUCCGCUUGCCGAGGUCUUCGACCAGUACCACGUCAAGCCGUCGUUCUCCGACCACACGCGCAUGCUUGGCCUACUUCACGGCGUUGCCGAGUUCAUGGAAGAUGCUGGCUUGAGUCUGGAAUCGAUGAUGCCAUGCGUCGAGGCCUUUGCACGCGAAUUGGCCACCAAGCUUGCGAGGAAAGAAAAGGAAUUGUACGAGACCGCUAUACGGGCCAAUAUGGGCUGGUCUUGA